ACCCCCCCUUCUCCCCUCUUGAGAGCUGACUCGGAUGCCCCCUGGCAUCAAAUCAAGAACACCCCCCUUCGAUCCUCGAGAGACACUGUGCGUAAAUCAAUGCAAAAGGUGGGGAAAGCAAAAGAAGCAAACGGGCCCGGGUUAAAGACGCAAGAAAAAGAAAGGGUGGGGUGAAAAAGAGCUUUUUCUUGAAAACCAAAAAGGGAGCAAAAGGGACCAACUUUGUCUUUGUUCCCUCACGUUUUCUGUGCUCGUCUCUCUGGGAUUUUCCUCUUUGCGGGGGCGGAGGGCUUUUAAAGUUUCUGGGUCGCCUCAAAAGCGCAUCUUUGCUUCCCUCUUUAACGAAAGCGUUCGGACGGGGGUUUCUUGACGGGCUAUGGUUUUGGCAUUGAGGGUGCGCGAGAGAGAUUCUGCGGAGAAGAUGCGCGGCGGAGGCUUUGAGUCCGAGAAUAAAGAUCCGGGCAUCAAGCUCUUCGGGAGGAAUAUUCCGGCGCCGGAGUGUCAGAUUCAGGCGGGUUCUGCUGGCGGCUCUCGGGCUCUCUCGGGCUCUGAAGUGACGACGCAUGCCUGUAGUGAUAUUGCAAAAUCAGAAACUGUCAAACAUGGACAUCCUCAUAAUUCAGCUGUUGGUGGAGAGAAGGCCACCAUAAUGCAGAAUCUUCAAAAUGGCCGUGCAGAGACUAAGUAUGCUGACCAAGAAAAGGUUUUCAAGAAGCCUGACAAGAUCCUUCCGUGUCCUAGAUGCAACAGUCUUGAGACAAAGUUCUGUUAUUUCAACAACUACAACGUCAAUCAACCUCGACACUUCUGCAGGAACUGCCAGAGAUAUUGGACAGCUGGGGGAACGAUGCGAAACGUUCCAGUCGGUGCUGGACGGCGGAAGAACAAGCACCUGGCCUCUCAAUAUUGUCAAGCGACUCUAUCUUCCAGUAGCACACUAAACACUAGACUAGACAUUCCUGAGACGGCGGUGAACCAUCAGUUUAUGGCACCGAAAGAAAUUACGUCAACAACACUCGGGCCUUCAGUGGGAAACGGGAGAGUAUUGAAGUUUGGUCCUGAGGCAUCUUUAUCCAAAUCUGUUGAGACUGUUCUUAGUCUCAAAGACCCAAAGAUAUCCAUUGAGACAGGUUCUAUCAAUUGUGUCCAAACUAGAGAAGAAGCUUCCUCAUCUGGUUCUUCCAUGACAGCUUACAGUAUUCAUGAUUCGACCAAGAGUGCUGCUGAAAAUGAAGAACUAGGGAUAUCGGGAUCUCGUCGCGAGCAGAAUUCCCUCGAUCCUAUGCACUUUUACCCUGUUCCUGCAUGUUUUAUCCCCUUGAACGCAGGUUGGCAACAUCUAGCUUCUUUUAGGACAACUCAGUACUCUCCUGAGCAAGUUGCAGGUGUUGCUAGCCCUAAUUCCGUUCAUUUGAGCCCCACACCCAUGUUAGCGGUUCCUGGUGUUUGCCCUCCUAGCAUUCCCUUACAAAUUGUACCCAUGGCAUCGUAUUUUGGUUGCAUGCCUAUACGCACCUCCGGGCUGAGCGCCACACCAUCAAGUGGAAUGAACAGUGGCCCAUCAUCAUCAUCUCCAUCUUCCCCAAUGGGCAACACAUAUUGCUCUGCAAGUGGCUCACCGACCCUUGGCAAGCACUCAAGAGACUCAAAUGUUGCAGAUUUUGAAAGAUCAGAUAAGUGCGUCUUGGUUCCGAAGACACUGAGGAUCGAUAACCCAAUCGAAGCUUCAAAGAUUCCUAUAUGGGCGACGCUGGGUAUUAAGCCAGGUAAGUCUAAAGUGGAAAAUGACCUCAAUGAUUCGGAUGCCACACACAUAAUUGAGGUGAACCCGGCUGCAUUUUCUCGGUCUCAAACAUUUCAAGAGAGCACAUAAGAGAUUGUAAUGAACUUGUUGGCUGUGACCUUGUGACACUGAUGUCGUGAUUCAGUCAUCUUGUAAAAGCUGCUGGGUAUGCUCGCUGCUUCCCAUUUUGCAAACUUGAUCUGUAAAUAUUCAUGUGAGCUGGAUUGAAUGAAAGGUUUCAAUAACAUCCAAAGCAUCUGUUGUUAUUGUCAA